AAUAGAGCAACCGAGCCGUUCUUUCGAUUAGUUCGUUUUAAACUGUGUUGGGAGUAGUUUUGUGUGAAGUGGAUGGUGAAGCGCAUAAUUUAAGUACCAAAUUGAAAAAGUUGAAAGUAAUCACAUCACUGCAGCAACAAUAAAACUAACAAAAAGUUAAAAAGAAAAAAUGAUGUUGCACUCAAAACGGAACAUGCAGCAAUGCGGCAAGUUGACGUUGCUGACAUUUUUAGUCAUGUUCGGUUGCAUCAAUGCAGUACCAUUUUAUGAAAAUUUUAUGCAGCAUUUGACACCACACCUUGAACACAGCAUUUUUUCACCCAUACCGUCAUACAGAUCAUCAUUUAGAACAUCACAAUCAGAACAACAACCACAAGCAUCAGAAGGCCAUCCACAAAUUUGGGGACAAUUUGAUAAUAAACCUUUCCGUUUACCUUACAGCAAUUUCGAAACAGUUGACACGGAUUUCGUGCCUUUGGAAAAUCAACAUUUCCAAGCUCGGACCCAAGCUCCACCCACAAAAGAAAAACCUUUUGAUAUUGACGUGAUAUCUGGUGAAAUUAACGAAAAUCACUCUCCAAAUGUUUUUGGUCAACAAUCUUUUCCAUUUUUCGGACCAGAUUUCUUUAAUUCCUUUGGUGGUUUUGGAUUUGGUCCACAACAAGAGCCAUGGUGGAAAGGACCAAAUGUUUGUACAGAUAAAGAAGAAACUGUAAAGGACACUGAAGCUGAUAAAGAGAAUUCAAAGCCAUCACAGGAAGAACUGGUUCCUGGUAUAUCUGAAAGCAUUGACAUCAAACCGAUUAUCGGACAAUUCCAUUUCAGCCUUCACUCCUGCGUUGAUAAACCAAACAAAUACGUCUGCUCAAGAAGUUUUAAUCAAAAUGGUAAAAUGAAAACUGUAGUCAUAACACGUCAAUGUUGCCAUGGUUAUGGACGUCCACGAGAUGCAGGUUAUUCAACACCGUGCGAUAAAAUAGAUAUUAAAAACGUUGCUGAUACCGCUGCAAAUAUGGGAGCCAAAGAGUUCAUCGACAUUGCUAAAGCUAACGGCUUAGCUGAUCAGUUAUUGACCAACCGCAAAAACAUAACCAUUUUCAUGCCAAUCGACAGUGCCUUCACCAACUACAACGAAGAUCAACAAAACGAAAAUAAUUUGGUUGAAAAGUCUGGUGAAGUUUUAAAAAAACUUUAUUUGCGCCACAUAGUCGAUGGUGAAUAUGAUAUGGAUAAUGUUGCAAAUGAGCAAAUUUUGAAAACACAAAUGGAAGGUCAAACCAUACGCAUUAACAUGUACCAGCUGCCAUUGAGCUUGGGUCCAGUUCAUUACACAGCUAAUUGCAUUCCAAUUGAAAAACACGACAAGCUUUCAGAACAAGGCUUAGUGCAUACAAUAAGUGGUGUUAUGAAACCAGUCACAGCAAAUGUUAUGGAUAUUAUACGUUCCCGUGCUGAUUUGUCAAUUAUGCGUACCGUUUUGGAGAAAACCAAAAUCAGUGAAAUUCUUGAAUCUGAUAAGCCAGUUACUAUUUUCGUACCAACUGAUGAUGCUUUCGAUAAAUUGGAACCACAUUUACGCAGGACUUUGAAGGAGGGAAAAAAAUGCGCUGCAAAUAUAUUGAAAAAUCAUAUUCUUGAUUUAACUUUCUGCUCGGCUGCUUCUAUUGCUGGUGCCAAAACUAGUGCUUUCAAUUUAUUGGGUGAACCGUUGCGCUUCAAUAAGUCAAAGUCUGCACAAGAAAAAUCUGAAGUGGCUGAUUUGGUGAAUGAAAGUUAUAUCACCAUUAAUAAUGCAGCAAAAAUUAUUGAACCAGACGUUAUGGGCACAAACGGCGUUCUUCAUAUUGUUGACACAAUUUUGUCAACAGAAUCUGCUUUGCCACUUUCUACACUUAUGCAAACCAAGAAUGUCACACUUUUCAAGCGUCUUGUUGAAGCAGCUGAGUUAGAUAAUAAAAUCGAUGAUAUGGACAAUAUAACAUUAUUUGCACCAACUGAUAAGGCUUUGCAGGGUACUAAGUGGGUAGAAAUGUUAACUGAAACUCCAGAAAAAUUAAGGAAUAAUCCUGAAUUGGUUGACUUCAUAAACUACCACAUUGUACAUCCUAUGACCAAAACUUGUGAUUUGACUGAACAAUUAAUGCCAACAGCUGCUGGUUCAAGUAUUCGUAUUAACUUAUAUUCCACCCAUGCACUCUUUACGAAUGUAAUGAAUCGUGCUACAGUAAACUGUGCACGCGUAGUACAUUUUGAUGAUGAGAGUUGUGGUUCUGUAUUACAUCAAGUUGACAAGCCACUCACUCCACCAAAUAUGAAUUUAUUGGAAUAUUUAGAAAAAAAUCCAAGAUACAGUAAAUUUUUAGAACUUGUACGUUCAUCUAAUUUAACUAGUUUGCUCACUAAUAAAGAAGAAACAUACACAUUGUUUUUACCUAAUAAUGAUGUUUUCGAAGAGGUUGAAGAUUGGGAAAAAACACUUAUUAAGGACAAAUCUCAAUUGGAGAGCCUUGUCAAGACACACAUUGUAAACGAUGCUGUUUGUUGCGCUGGUAUAAUGCCAACAAACUGGCCUUUUGUACGCUCUAUUGAAGCUCUAAAUGGUGCACAUUUACGUAUUACUCGUGAACGUCGUCCAAAGGUUGAGAACGCAGGUAUUACUAAAUGCGAUGCCGUUGCUGUGAAUGGCAUUGUCCACGAAAUUAAUGAUAUUAUAGUUCCUGCACGACGUUCACAAAGACCACAACAAAACGUAUUCCAACAAAACAUUGGCUCAGAUUUUGGUGAUUUAUUCUUUUAAAAUAAAAAUAAGUACGAUCAAUUAAUUUAAAACCUAUAAUAAAAUCAUUAUUUAUGUAAUAUUGCGAAUUUUAUGGUACUCGAAUAAGUACGUUUACAUAAUGUAUUUAAAU